AUGUGGGACGUCCUGGACGGCCGUUCGCUUACAGCAGAGGCUCUCGCACGAGCCGCUAUUGUCGUCGCCGUCGAAGUGCUGCUUCUGGGUACUUCGUUCCUCAAUAUCUGUGUGAUUCUCACCACUGCCGAUUUGUACGAUGUUAUCGGAUGCUAUCUGGUGAGUCUUCAUUUGUUCGUAUCGUUAUUUUUUCAACACGAUUCGAGCUUAAAAUUUGCUUUGAGUGCUGUUGAUAGGUAG